CUUCAGCAAGCGUGUGAACUUUCAGAGCUGUUGUAUUGUCGUUUUUUCUCCUCCCUUUUAUCUUUUUACUCUUUCUAGGCCUGGUGCCAUCUUAAUCUACCCUUUUACCAACUAAUCCAAUUCUUCGUCGCCGGUCGACAUACCCAACACAACGUUAAUUUUCAGCUCUACUUGCUCGAUACACAAUCUUCAUCACCAAUCACUCGAUAACCGAAAGAACUCGCAUUCUUCACGAAUCAACACAGCUUCUUCAGCAUUACUUCGUCUAUCCAUUAGUUUGGCCAGGACGAUUCGAAAGAACAACACUAUCAUAAUUCAACUAUCCAAGAAAGAAUAAUCAACACACUUCACAAUGGCCGCUAUCCAGCUUAACUUCACUCUCCGCACUUCCGCCAACUGCAAGACCGUCCAUCUUCUCGGCUCAUGGGACGAGCUACCAGGGCCAGCUCCCGCUCUCCAAGGACCAGAAGAAGUCCGGAGGAUGGAACGGAUGCUUCAAGUUCAACGGCGCCACACUCAAGCAGGGCCAGCGCUACUGGUACUACUACAUCAUUGACGGCUACCACGUCUCCCACGACCCAGCCAAGGACCACACCACCGAGCCCACCACUGGCCGCAAGCUGAACAUCAUCGACAUCCCAGCCGCCAAGUCCUCAUCCACCAGCUCCGACAAGAAGUCCCGCCGUGUGUCCACCGCCUCCGUCGCAAAGGGCCGUUCCCUCAGCCCAGAGCGCAUCGUUGCCCCCAGGCCCCAGCGCCCCGGCCAGACCCGCCAGGUCAUCAACACCCAGUACGACAAGACCACCCUCGAGGAGCUCAACCGCCGCUUCGCCAAGCAGUCUAUCGAGGAGGACUCUGAUGACUCCGAAUACGACUCCGACGAGGGCUCCGACGUCCCAUCCCUCACCUCCCGCUCCACCAACUCGAGCUCGCCCAGCAGUGUUAGCUCUGGUAGCAGCUGCUGCACAUGCGAGCGCUUUGGCAUCACCCGUGCUGGUGACCGUGUCAAGCUCGACUGCGGAAGGUGCGCGAUGCGGAUACUCUGAUGACUCUUCCGACUGCUCUUCCGAGGACGAGUACGUCUACGAGGAGAAGACGACCCGCCGCCAGGGCGUCGUCAUCCGCGCGCCUAGACGCUUCACCCAAGUGCCAAAUCACCUGGACACCAUUGUGUUUCACCCCGACUUUCGCAUCUGUCCUUGCGAUGCGACUGUUCACCAUUCUUUCUGUGCAUAUUAUGAUAACGACCUUUUCACUUCUUUCUUACUUCGUUCUACAACUACUUCCACUCUCUGGAUUAUGAAUUAUUGCUGCUGGUAUGGGAGCUGCUUGGGGGUUUACCCAGGGGAGGAAUACAGCGAGACCCUCUUUUUGCGCUGGCUAUGGACAUCACAAUCUGCCCGAUGUCAACCAUGCGACAAGGCACGCUUAUGUAGAAUAAUCAAAUGGAUUCGCAUGGCUCGUGCGCGACAUGACCUAAAUUAUAGUCUUCUCUUGCAGUGA